UAAAUCGUGCCAAGGCCUGUUGGAAUAAAAAAAGAUGAAGCAUUACGAAGGAUACGCAGUAGACAGUGACAUGCCGAUAGUGUUUGAUUAGUAAAUAACGUUUGGUUGGUCAAAAUUCGCCUCCUCCUUACUCUAUUAUACGCAAUGCUUCCACCUUUCUGAUUCCACCAUGAUUACAGACAAUAUAAAUAUUAUGCUAAUAGGCUUCAGAACACUAAUACGACAUUUAGAGAGUGUAUAGUGGACUACAUCAAAAAUGAAGAAAAUAUUACUUUAUAUUUGCACUUUUGUGUUCAUCUCUUUUACUGUUGAGUCGAAGAAAAUAGGAUCCAUCAAUACGAAUUACAAUAUAUGCCUAACUGAAAUUAAUGUAUCUGAGGAUGACAUGUUGUCAGUACAAGACAUAAUACAUGAUCGAUACAAAUCCGAAAAUCAAGAAAAAUUAAAUAAGAAUGGUUGUGUCUUACAAUGUAUUUUUCAAAAAUGUGGACUGGUAGAAGGCGCAGAAUAUAAGGUAGAAAAUAUGCGUAUCGAAUUCAUCAAGAGAAUACAUAUUCAACCAGGAGAUAAAAGAUUGGAAAAGCUGGAAAAUUGCAUAAACGAAACAAAAGACCUUCCAGAAAAAUGCCAAAAAGUGUUUCUUUUAACCGUAUGUCUUUUAAAAUCUGUACCCGAGUAUCUGCAUCAAUAUACUGACUCCGCAAAAUAGUAAAUACAAAAAUAGUCGAAAUUAAUAUGUUAAAACUUUUGUG